AUGUCACUAGAUGGCGCAGAUCCCAAAUGGUGGCAAGCGGAUGGUAGCUUGAAGCUGGUGUUGCGGGUACCAAAGGAAUCCGACGUUGUUUCAGCCUCAGAAUCUUCGGAUGCCGAACUCGCAUCGGAGGAGGAAAGCUGUGAAAAGGUUUCAAAUACCGAAGUUGAAUGCGAUACCGACAAUCAAGAAGAAGGUAAGAAUAAUUAUGAAGAACGUGAAGAUCCUACCAGUAGAGCCGAGAGUAACAUUAAGACCAGUAACGACGCAACUGGUUCCCGGUUGCAUAUGGGUACUUCUUCGCAAUCGUCGAUGACUCAGUUCACUCCUUUGCAGCUUUUGCUGGAUUACUACCUUCGCGUUUUCGAGAAAAAGGAUCCUGAACAUUACUUCCUCUACCCUGUUAGCGACAAGGUGGCACCGAAGUAUUCAAAGAUAAUCAAAACUCCUAUUGAUUUCAUUAAAAUUCGAAGGAAAAUAAUUGAUAACGAGUAUAGAAACCUGUUGGAGUUGAAGAAUGACAUGGAAUUGAUUGCCCAAAACGCUUUCACUUAUAACCAGCCAAACACUGUGUACAGCAUCGCUGCACGGAAACUAAUGGGUAUCAUCGAACACAUGUUUAGUAAAGUAUGUUUUUUUCAAAGAUGCAUCUCAAAGCCUUCAUUUAUGCUGUUAUUUCUCUGUAAACUUAGAAUAUGGGUAGAUUAUGCGCAUUCAGUUGUAUUUUAUAUUAACGAAUAUAAGGAGCAUGUUUAAGU